AUGAGCAGCGAAAGAGUAUUGGUCGCAUUCAGGCAUGGAUUGAGAGCUACUCGCGUGGCGUUUGCCGGAGAUACAAGGAUGCUAUUAGCAGCAAGAGCACAAAUGCGUCAGGGCAUUAUUAAUCCGCCCAAUCCUGAUCUAAGCAUUGAUGAUCAAAUAAAACAUUUAGAAGAGGUCUCGCGAUUUCUGAGGCAGAACUUGGUGCAGGGCAAGAAGGUUGAUAGCGGUGAGAAAUAUCAUUUAAAUAUUCACAAAGAAACUGAGUUAGGUGACAACGAGAGUUUAAAGAAGACAAAAAAAACUCUAGCUUCCCAAGGAGGCGGUUGUUGUGGUGGUGGUGAGGGCUUAUAUAAGUAG